GAAGCAGGAAUCCAGAUGAGCUUUUCGUAUAAAAAGACAUUUAGCAGCAGCAGUGGAAACAUUCGGUCCAGCCUAGAGUCCAUUAUGAGGGGUCUGGUGUUCCUGCUCUUGGUGGCUUUGGCCAGCGCUAAAGUCUACGAGCGCUGUGAAUGGGCCCGAGUGCUUAAAGCUAAUGGGAUGGACGGCUUCCGUGGCAACAGCCUAGCAGACUGGGUUUGUCUGAGCCAGUGGGAGUCGGGUUACAGCACCACAGUCACCAACCAUAACCGAGAUGGAUCAACUGACUACGGCAUCUUCCAGAUCAACAGCCACUGGUGGUGUGAGGACGGCCACACCCCUGGCUCAGUGAACGCAUGCAGGAUCAGUUGCAGCGAGCUUCUGACAGAUGAUGUCGGUGUGGCGAUCAAUUGUGCCAAACGUGUCGUUAGGGAUCCCAACGGCAUCAGAGCCUGGGUGGCCUGGCGCCUUCACUGCGAGGACCGUGACCUGAGCUCCUACGUGGCAGGAUGUGGUGUUUAAUCAACAAACCAGGGUGCUGUCAUCGACAUAACAGUCCCCCAUCUUCUGCUGCAGUGGAUUAAAGCUUUUCUACUAUUGUAUGUUUGAUCUCACAAAAGUAAAACACAGUUACUUAAGUUAUAGACCAGUGGUUCCCAACUGGUGGGUCGCUAUCCAAAAGUGUGUCGCGGGUCCAUUCUGAAUGGACCUCAAGGGAUGCUUGAAUGUUUCAAGUUUGAAAUAAAACACACUUUAUCAUGAAGGACAGCAAAUUCCCAAUCAGAGCUUUUUUUUAGAAGUGCUGUUCCCUGCUGUAGAGUGAGUGAAUAACUGACAGCUACUUAAUAGAGACAGCAAACUAGCUUGGUGACAUGGCCGAACGAAAAUAUGAUACCGCCAAAUUAAUUAAUUGCAUGGACCUUGACCUAAUGACCUAAUGCUUUAGACGACUCUUUUCAAAUUGAGAGAUUUCAAAUCUUUACUUUCAGUGUAUUUGUUUAUACUUGACAUGAUGUAACAGUGAUUUAAGCUUGUAUCUGUUGUAUUGCUCAUUUAAAAACCAGAUUAAAAUGCUGAUUUCCACUAA